AUGAAUUUCUUAUGGUGGUUGGCCGUGGUAGUAGUAAUAGGACUAGGAGUCAAUGGUGGAGUAGGCCAAGAAGAUUGCAGAGAAACAAGAUGUCGCCCGGACGGCCCAGCCAUCCGAUGCCCAUUUCGACUUAAAGGUAGGCAGCCAAUCCAUUGUGGCUUCCAGGGCUUUGAUCUUUCUUGCAAUGAAUACAAAGAGACUAUACUCGAGAUGGCAUCAUCAACUAAGCUCAUUGUUUAUGAUAUUAACUACACAUCUCAUGCGAUUAGAGGAAUUCCUUAUUAUGGUUGCUUGCCAAGGGAGUUGUUUUACAGUAAUGGUUCUUCUCCCUUUGAAUUAGUAGGCCGCGCAAUCUUAUUCAGUUGUCCACCCUCAACUGUAAGAGAUGAAUAUUCUUCUGGAUAUGUUUGUCUGAAGAGAUUGAGCCCAUGCCAUGGCAACAAUUCUGGCAACCAUAUUUAUGCUUUCAUGAAUGAUGAGUGUGACCUUGGAGCAGUGCCCCUAGUGUCUUGUAUCAAGGUGCAUGACUAUAUAUCACAUUACCCUAAGGAUUCAAUGAAUUCAAAGACGCUGCAUUGGUCCAUACCAUCAUGUGAACAUAGCAAAGGUCGUAAUCUUAGAAGGCCAAAUCUGAAGAUAUUAGGUAUUUGUGCACUCUGUUUAGUUCUAAUCGCGAUGGUGACGACAAUCUACCAUGUGUAUACGUCUAACAAAAUGAAAAAAGAAAAUCGACUUAGAAUUGAAAGAUUUUUGGAUGAUUAUAGAGCGAUGAAGCCAAGUAGAUAUUCCUAUGCUGAUAUUAAAAGGAUAACAAAUCAAUUCAAGGAAAAGUUGGGUCAAGGGGCCUAUGGAACGGUGUUCAAAGGAACUCUUUCCUCUGAGUUACUUGUUGCUGUUAAAAUGCUCAACAAUUCAAAUGAAGAAGGGGAAGAUUUCAUAAAUGAAGUGGGGACUAUGUGUCAAAUCCACCAUGUCAAUGUGGUUCGCUUGGUUGGAUUUUGUGCCGACGGAUUUAUUCGUGCUCUUGUUUACGAAUACUUACCAAAUGGUUCAUUGCAAAAUUUCUUAUCUUCAACAGAUAAUAAGAAUUCAUUCCUUGGUUGGGACAAGUUACAAGAUAUCGCUUUAGGAAUAGCCAGAGGAAUUGAAUAUCUUCACCAAGGAUGCGACCAACGAAUCCUGCACUUCGAUAUCAAACCACAUAAUGUAUUGCUAGACCAAGAUUUCACUCCAAAAGUUUCUGAUUUCGGUUUAGCCAAGUUUUGUGCUAAGGAUCAAAGCGCAAUAUCGAUGACUACUGCAAGGGGGACCAUGGGCUACAUUGCACCCGAAAUCUUCUCAAGGAACUUCGGCAAUGUCUCCUAUAAGUCGGAUGUCUAUAGUUUUGGAAUAUUGUUACUUGAAAUGGUUGGAGGCAGAAAAAACUUUAAACUCAUGGAGGACUCCACUAGCCAAGUCUACUUCCCUGAAUGGAUCUAUAACCUAUUAGAGCAGGGCAACGACCUACGAAUCCAUAUUGGGAACAAUGAAGGAGAUGUUACAAUUGCUAGGAAACUUGCAAUUGUGGGUCUAUGGUGCAUACAGUGGCAUCCAAUAGAUCGUCCUUGCAUGAAAGUUGUAGUUCAAAUGUUGGAAAGAGAAUGUGAGAAUCUAACCAUGCCUCCUAAUCCUUUUGCCAACACUUCAGGUUGA